AUGUCAUCGAGCAAUGCUACUUCUCGACUUUAUGGUGACGAAGACCCCUUUCCCGUUGUGAAUUCAGAUGAAGAAGCAUCCACCACAUUAGCUGCUGGAGCCAAGAAGAAAAAGAAGAGAAUCAUGAAGGGCUGUAUAAAGGAGUCGAAGAAGAAGGCAAAGGCUGACGUUCACAUAACUGAGCCAGCAAUGCAAGGAGAGAAGGUUGUGCCUCCAAUGGCCGAGAAGACCACCGUUCCACCAAUGGACCCUGAGCCAAGCAAUAAACCACCUGCCAUGGACAAAGAUGAGUGCGACCUUGAUCGCCUACUUGAUGCACUCAAGGAAAUGAGGCUAGAACUGGUCCAAGCUCGAACCAAGAGGGACCAAGCGCUGAUCGAGAAGGAUGCUAUCUACGGGUGGAAUGGCAGGAGUUAUCGAGGAGUUCUUGAGGGAGAGUCCCAAGAAGACCAUGCACGAGGAGUUGGUAAAAGCUCUUACAAGCUGAGCAUCGAGCAACUACUCCUAUGGGAGUCUUUGUGCGGAGCUCUUGCUAAGAUGUGCACUCCUGAAAAUAUCACCAUGUUCCCUGGUGACCUUGCUAUAGUCUUAUCCAAGGAGCCCAGUGAAGAAGAGCCAAUCCUUGAUGCGCCGGACGAAUAUAUUGGCAUCGAGCUCGAGGAUGAUGAUGAUGCAGCCCAAGAGGAAGAUGUGGCUGAAACUUGCAACUCGGGAGUGCAGAAGAAUGCUGGAGAGGCAUCUCAGAGCCAUCCAAGGAACGCCUCUUCUGGUCAAGAUACUAAAUGA